ACACAACCGAUGAUAAUACCAUAAUCGGAAUCCAGUCAGCUGUUAUGUCAAGUGAAUAUCCUUAACCAACAAAAUAAGUAAAAAUAAGUUAAUUAAUUGGCCUUAAUAGCGAUUUUCUUGAUAACAUUGUGAUCUUCCAGUGUAUUCACAUCAUCUCCCGGACGUACAGAGAAAAGAGGUCCUCUUUAAUCUAGUUGACUGAAUUCAAGAAUGAUACUGUAGCAGUAUUACUCUAUAUACUUCCAAGAUGUUCAAAGAAAACGAUAAUGCUUCUGGGGGUUGUAAUGGUGCACCACCACGUGCUCGGCGCUUUCCACGAUUUUCUUUAAGAAGAUUAUUAUAUUCGAGCCCUCUGAUUGGUCGGAGAAUAGUACGUGCGCCUAGUUCAGGCAACAGAAACAAUACUAAAGCUAAAGAUCCAGCGAGCAGUAGAGUAUUUAUUGAAGCCAGAGUAAGUAAUGGUUCAAGCCAUUAUCAAUUUUACAACAUAGACCUACAACGUGCUUCCAGCAAAGGCUCUGUACUUUCUUCUGCCGGAAAGAGCAACGAAAGCGGAUUAAUGGAAUGCCCCCUAUGCUUAGCCGAUUUACCGAUCGAAUUAUUUCCUGUUAUACAAUCUUGUCAUCAUCGUACCUGCUAUGAUUGCUUCCAACAAUACCUUAAAAUCGAGAUUUCAGAGUCCAGAGUCAAUAUAGCCUGUCCUGUAUGUUCAGAACCACUUCAUCCAAAUGAUAUUCGAAUGAUCCUAAACGAUUCAGCUCAAUUAGAAAAAUACGAGGACUUUAUGGUACGAAGAGUCCUCGCGGUCGAACCUGACGCAAGAUGGUGUCCUGCACCAGAUUGCAGUUUUGCAGUAAUUGCCAGCGGUUGUGCUUCAUGUCCGAAAUUACGAUGUGAACGACCUGGCUGCGAUUCAUACUUUUGUUAUCACUGUAAAGCUCGAUGGCAUCCUAAUCAAACGUGUGAUGCAGCUAGAGCACAACGUUCGCAAUAUUACGAACGUAGCUCUUCGCUUAGUUUCAGUCAAAGUGAUUCACAACACAGAGACGAUAUUAAACCGUGUCCACGAUGUCAAGCUCUUAUCGUUAAAAUGGACGAUGGAAGUUGUAAUCAUAUGACAUGUGCCGUUUGUGGAGCUGAAUUUUGUUGGCUUUGUAUGAAAGAAAUCAGCGAUCUCCAUUAUCUAAGUCCUUCUGGCUGUACUUUUUGGGGCAAAAAGCCAUGGUCCAGAAAGAAGAAAAUUCUUUGGCAGUUGGGAACUCUUGUUGGUGCUCCUGUUGGAAUUGCUCUCGUUGCUGGUAUAGCGGUACCUGCAAUGAUAAUCGGCAUUCCGGUAUGGGUAGGAAGAAAAUUAUACACAAGGUAUAAGAAAGCCAACAAGCACAAGAGAAAUGCUUUUAUUGCAGGUGGUGUUACCGCAUCGGUUUUAGUAUCGCCUGUAUUGGCAGGCUUAGCAGUUGGAAUUGGUGUACCCAUUCUUUUGUUCUACGUCUAUGGCGUGGUUCCGGUUUCUUUAUGUCGCAGUGGUGGUUGUGGAGUGUCCACUAAUGGUACCGGCGUCCGAUUCGAUUUCGAUGAUGAAAACGAGCUGAUGGGUGCUUUGGGUGUUCGCAAUGCUGGUAAUGCAGCUUCGAUAGAUGUUGCCAGUCAUCGUGGUGGUAAUCCUUCUAUAGGAGAAGCAUCGUUAUCAUUGGGUAGCGGCAGCCAAUUGGAAAAAUUGGGCCGAGAAAAUGAUCGUGAGAGCGCGAGUAAUGUUGCUCUCGCUGGUACCAGUCUAGCAGGAAGUAUAGCUUCUAGUGUUCUUCCCGGUGGUCAGAGAUUGGAAGUCCAGGCUGAUGUAACUUCAACACAAAGAUGUAGUUUAUGCAGCGAAACAGCUUCGGCUGCUACGAGCCUAUCCGAAAAAUCUGUAAAUGCUUCGAUAGCAUUAGACGAUGGGGCAGCAUCUACGAGAGCUUUGUCAGGUUCUGUUCUUAACUUCAAGAUGGACAGUAACUCGAUUAGCGGUGGUAGAAGUACGGAGGGAGAUCAUACUGCAAAUUCUACUACCGGAGGUCAUAUGGACUCAGCUGGGCAAGCAACUUCUUUGAGUUCUUUAGAGGAGGUAGUACCGGGUUUAGCUAAACGUACACGUCGCAAACCACCAUUGGAUCGGCAGCAUAGCGAUUCGAGCAAUUGGACCGUAUGUGGAGAAGAUGGUGGAUCCGAACGUGUACGGUUCGACGAUCACGUUAGUUUUAUUGAAGCAGAUAGAGACCAAACCAGUACUGGAACACAGUGCAAUGCCAAUAAUAGGACUGGUGGUAGACGGAAACGAAAUAAAGAGGUAGAACAGGAUUUAGAAACUCAAAAGCUUUCAAAGAAUUCAAAUAAAGAAUUGAAUACUGAUACUUCGAUCGAGGAUCAUCCAUCCGUAGAACGCAUUAACGUUGCUACAUUGAGAAAUGUUUUCUUUCAUAGUUCGACGGUAUCUACGGAUCGUGAAAAAAGAUUAUCAGUGAUUGAAGAGCCGAUAUCCGCUGUGUUACAAAAUUCUGGAAGUAGUCAUGCAUUUGCUUCUUGCGACGAGGAACGUAUUAGGAACGAAAGCUCACACUGCUAAAGAGAAUAAAAAUAAAGAAAUAAAAAAUUAAAAAAAAAAGAAUAAAUAAAUAAGGAAAAAAAAAGAAAUAAUAAAAGAGAAAAAAAAAUGAGAAAAAAUGAAGACUGAGUACGAAUGUAGCAAUAUACAUACGUCUCUCGAAGUAUCUGGAUAUAUAGGAUGCGUAUUUACAUAUGCAUUACGUAUGCACGUAUUUGGUGCAUAAUGUAUGAUAUACGCAAAUUUAAUCACGUAAAUUGUACAGUCAUGUACACGAAACGUAUCACUAUAAUACUAUACGCGUAAUGCAGGAAGCAGGAGAUGAAAGAAAGGAGGAAAAAAAAGAAGAAAAAAAAAACCAAAAAUCGAUUUUUUGCAAUAAACAGUACACCCCGUGUGCAGUCGUACACUGUACCUGCACGUGUUAUGUAUUUAUAUACGUGUGUGUAUAUACUUAUAAUUGCAACCCGGAGUUUAGAAACUAUGAAAGUCAUAAUCUCAUGUGGUAUUUUUUAUUGUAUGCCUAUAUAUUCCGGAUCGAGUAUAAGUUUUAUAUCUGACAAAAAAAAUUACGUAUUUCGUAUUCGACGAAAAUGAUUAAGGAUUAUUCUCCAAUUUUGGUAGCUUUUUAUUCUCAAUUCACGAAGAAUCGUUUCUCUUUCUCAUUAAGAAAAUAAGCAAGAUUAUGUAUGUAUAUAUGAUCUUCUAAAAGAGUUUCAUAUUAAAGUAGGAUAAACUUUUGCAUUUUGAGCUAAACUUUCCUUUUUCUUUCUUUUUUUUUUCUUCUCUUUUUUUAUAUACUAGAAGAUCUUUUCGAUAACGAUCUGUUUAUUUUCUUCUCUCUUUUUUUCUUUUUUUCUUUUCUUUCUUGACUAUGAUAUCAUUUGGAUUUUAGUUUGAUCAUUCCCACUUUACAGAACCUUUUGUGAUCUGGUAAUGAUGAAAAUAGCUCCAUCAUUUUUAAGCAUAAGGAGGUAUUGUAGAUAUGCCUUUAUAUAUAUAUAUAUAUAUAUAUAUAUAUAUAUAUAUAUAUCAUGUUACGUGCUAUUCUCUAAAGGUAUAUUUAUAUAUACAUAGAAUUAUAAAUUCUCUUAUUACUAUUUUGCAUUUUCUUUUAUCAUAGCUUUAUCUCUUUCUUAUAUUAUACCAUCAGUGCGCAGUAUAAUCUCGUUUUGCUUUAAAUAGGAUCAAUAUUUACGUGGAUAAAUAUUUCUUGCCUAUAAAUUUAUACUUUAUUGAUAUAUAACAACAGAAAGUGAUUUUAGAUAAAAGAAAGGAGAUAUCGUGUAUAAGGGUAGUGUCUAUUAAUACUGGAAUGAUAAGUAUUAUAUUAUAAAAAUGAAAAAUAUGCUUUGUAUAAUAUCAUUUGAUAAUUAUUCUCCGUAUAAAAACAUACAUUUCCGAAUGUAUUUACAAUAUUUAAUAUUGGAUUUACUAAUAUUAUUUCUAUACCAUUUACAGAUUUGGAAGUGCUGUGCCAUAACUUCAAAGUUUUGUCUCGUUCGCACGUAUUUACUUUUUUCUUUUAUAUGAAACUUGAUUUUUCACAAAUGUUUAAAAAAAAAAAAAAAAAAAAGAAGAAAGAAAAAACAUUUAGAACAUUGAAACGAAUGAAACUAUCAGUUUUUUUCGUUAAAGAAAAUUUGAGUUACUAUGCAGUAUGACUGAAAUAUCGAUUAAGUACCACUAAAAUAUAACAUUUAAUUGUACUAAUAAUACACUUUUCACAAUGGCCAUUUAAAAGAUUAAGAAUUUGCAUACCCUAAUAUCUGUAUUUCGUCAUUAACAUAUAGCAGGGCACUUGUCUUUUAGUGUCAUAUAUAAAAUUAUCAUUCAUAGCAUGUAUAAUUCGAUAUUUGACAUUCAUAUUUGUUAAAAAUAUUGAAAGAUAUAAUGUAUGGACAAAAGUUACAAGACCUGGAAGUUUUACAUAGUGCAAGCUCUAAUAUAAGAUAAUAGAUAGCAAAAUAUGUGUAAAAUUAGAGGUAUACUGUGCAAUGUAAUUAAAGGAUAAUUUUAAAAUACAA